GAUUACUUAUGUCAGUUUUUAUCGUUAUGCAACUGAUAAUACACGUCCGUCAAUUCGUUGCAUUUUUGCAGGGUCUGUCAAAACAAAAUUGUCACUUGUCAAGCAGUUGUCAAAGCAAGUGGUAUGUGGUGAUGUGCAAAAUUCAAUCAAAUUUCGGAGAAACGUGAAAAUGCGAUUAAAGUAGAAUUAGAACCUUAUACCUAUUUAAUAGUGGCCACGUUUUAAGGCAAAAUGUCAGACGACAACCCGUUUGCAGCUUUAAUUCAAAAUAAUGUUGUGAAGUCUAGUGAAAGUCCCUCUAUUAGCGGUAUUCUAGAAGAAAUUUUCGCAUUUACUUUGGAUCCAAAUGUUGGUGCGAAAAAACAUUUUCUUUACUUAGAAGAGGUGUCAAAAGUACAUGACCAACACGAUUUGGAUGUGCCAGUACUCCAACAUGCUUUAUUUGAACGCUUAUUCAUGUGUAAUGGGGAGAAUCCAAUAAUCAAGUCCGCCAAAAAAACAUUUAGAAAUUCGCAUUCGUAUGAAGUUAAAGUAAUUACGUAUUUAUGCAACUGUUAUAGAAACAUAAACGAAGAUAGUCACCUCGAGACUGGAGAAAAAGGAAAAGUUAAAGCUCUCGUAGUGCAAAAUGCCGUCACAGCUAUAAUACAGUCAGAAAUUUAUGAAGGACAACAAUUGGAACAACAAAUAAUUGAUAUUCUUAAAGACAAUGAUGGACAUUGUGUAGCAUUUUUUAAAGAUGUAUGUAAAGGUGUUUUAGAUGAAGGAGGUGAAGCAUUCCUUAAGGACAGAUUGUCACAAAUUAUAUUAGUGUUAACUUCUGAAAUUGAAAAGUCCAAUAUUGUAACGUUUGAUUAUGGUGUCUUUAACGUUUUAAGUGUAUUUACAACUGAAGAAUAUUUAGCAAGUAUAUUCCUGGAUGUUAAACCUCCGAAGUUUACAAUUGGUUCUGAUUAUGCAAACACGCCUCUGGGUGCAAUUUUUAAUAUUUCCAUUUUGCCAAAAACACCAAAUGCCAUUUAUGAACAUUUUCAGGAUCCUACUGAUCAAGCCAGUAUUACAUCCACUGAAGGUAUAUUGUGGACAAACAUUGAUAAGUUAACAGAUCGCACCCAUGCGUUUGUGCUAAGUUUGUUGACAUGUAGCCCACAAAUUAAAAACAAAACUUUAGAAUGGUUAGGUCUUUGCUUAAAAGCCAAUGUCGAUAGAGGAAAAUUGUGGAAUGCCCAGUCUCCCCCAGAGUUGAAUCCAGCAAAUUACACAAGCGUUUCUGAUGGUUUUAUGAUUAAUUUUGGAAAUGUAAUGUUAAGGUUGUGUCGUCCAUUUUGUUCAAACUUCUUGGAUAAGAAAAUAUUAAAGGUGGAUCCAACUUACUGCUCAGUACAAGAUGACCAGUGUUCAAAUAAGGGAGUACAUUUACCUGGAAUGAAUAAAGAAACUUGUUUAAUUCCAAAUGAUUCUGAAGAUGAAACACAAUUGUUGGUAGCUGACAAGUACAACUUUGUAACUGAAUGUUUUUAUUUUGCUCAUAAAGCAGUUGAUCUAGGAUAUCAAGUUACAGUUGACAAGUUGGUGCGCCUAAACCAUGAAGUAGGGCGAAUGGAAAGGGCUUAUUUGGAUGCUGUAGCCCAAGCAACAGGAAACAAUGAAUUAGUUGACAAUUUGAAAAGAAGAAUGACCCAACAACUGACAAAAUAUUUAUCUUUAAAAGCGCAAUUGUCAGAUCCCGUUCUACUAAACUUAUUGUUUGAAUUUACAUCGACCUCCACGUAUUGGCUGUGUCAGAUAGCAAUUAAUGUAAAGUCUAACAAUGGACACACGUGCUUUGCACCUAUAGACGAAAUUCCAAUAACUUUUCCGUUACCAGAUGAAAUUCCGAACACAUUAAAAAGCAUUCCAGAAUUCAUUAUAGAAAACAUUGUGUGCUAUUUGGUAUUUUUGCGACGUUUUAACCCGAAAAUAUUCGAGGAACAAGGAUUUGAAAAGUUAAAGCCAAUUUUAUCCUUUAUUUUAAUUUAUAUGGGCUCACCAGAACGCAUGAAAAAUCCACACGUGAGAGCACGUCUUGCUGAGGCAUUAGAAUCGCUGUUGCCGCAUCACAAUGAUGAACCUUCCGGUUUUAAUGCCUUUGGAAGCUAUCAAAGAGAAAUGUUAUUUACGCAACAUGCACAUCGCCGUGAGAUCGUCAAUAAUUUACUAGAAGUCUUCGUUGGCAUCGAAAUGACCGGUCAAAGUGUAGAAUUUGAACAAAAAUUUAACUACAGACGACCAAUGUAUACAGUAAUGGAUUAUUUGUGGACGAAAGAAGAGUAUAAAACACACUUUAAAGAUUUGGCAAAAGAAGCUGAACAGAAUAUGGAAGCUGUAACCCCACCACUUUUUUUAAGAUUCGUUAAUCUUCUAAUGAAUGAUGCUGUUUACUUACUAGAUGAAGCGCUAGCGAAUAUGGCUAAAUUGAAAGAAAUGCAAACCGCUAAACAAAAUGGUGAAUGGGACUCACUGCCAGCGCAAGAAAGAACCCAAAAUUUAGGUUACAUGCAUCAUAUUGGUAUGAUUGCAAAAUUUGAUAACAUUCUAGGUAGAGACACUAUAAAAACUUUGGAAAAACUAACAUCGGAAAUAACAAUCGUAUUUACACAUUCGACAAUGGUAGAUAGGGUUGCUGCUAUGCUCAAUUAUUUUCUAUAUAAUCUAGUUGGACCGAAAAAGAAGAAUUUUAAGGUUAAAGACCAAAAAGAAUACAGUUUUGAUCCAGCCACAACCGUUUUAAACAUUUCCAAAAUAUAUGUUAACCUUAAAGAGAGUGAUGCUUUUUGUUUAGCCAUUUCACAAGAUGGGCGGUCUUACAGUCCCCAGUUGUUCACUUUUGGGGAGGAUGUCCUAGUUCGUAUUGGUGGAGGUGCAUUAAUAGGGGAAUUAAAAGAGGUCGCAUUGCGUGUAGCUGAAAAAGCACAGGAGCAGCAAGCCAGCGAAGAAGUAAUUGCUGGAGCGCCCGAACAUUUCAUGGAUCCGAUAAUGUCGACUUUGAUGACCGAUCCGGUGAUUUUACCUAGUUCAAAGCAAACUGUUGACCGUACCACUAUCGCAAGACAUCUUCUAAGUGACCAAACUGACCCUUUUAAUCGUGCGCCGUUGUCUAUGGAUCAGGUUGUACCUAAUACGGAGUUGGCUGCAGAAAUUAGAAAAUGGUUCGAAGAACGAAAAAACAAGUAAUAUUUUUAUGCUGCCAACAUCUUGAUGUUAAUUGUUUUAUUAAAUACAUUUGUUUUGUUUAUUUAUAAA